AUGUUCGUCUUCUCCCUUCCAGGUCCAAGAAUCAUCAAGCUGCGCGUCAUGAUGGUUCCGGUAGUGCUGCCGGAUCGUGAGGAGAUGAUGCCGAAGCUCGUGCUGCGACUCCUCGGGAAUCGCAUCGAGCAGAUGGCAUUGACAGAUCUGGGUAUCCCUGACUACGAACGGAAUGACCAGAUCACAGCCAUUCAGCUUCUUUGCGAACGGAAAAACGGCUUGAUCCUUGUAAGUGGCCCUACCGGAUCAGGAAAGACAACAACGCUCUCCGCUGUCCAGCGCGAGAUGCUGAAGACCUACCCCAACAGGGUGUAUUACACGAUCGAGGAUCCUGUCGAGAUCAGCAUUCCCAACGUCAAUCACGUUCAAGUGAAUCAAGAAGCUGAGCUGACCUUUUCCCGAGGUCUGAAAGCAUUUCUCCGCGGUGACCCUGACGUGAUCAUGGUCGGCGAAAUCCGCGACAUGGAUGCAGCAACUCAAGCAUUGACGGCCUCGAUCACCGGCCACCUCGUCUUGAGCACGAUUCAUACGAAUUCCGCGAUCGAGACCGCCAUUCGAUUGAUCGACAUGGGUUGCGACUCAUUCAUCGUGUCGUCAGCGUUGAAGGCGGCGACCGCACAAAGGCUUGUGAAGCGGCUCUGUACGGAGUGUUCGAUGGAGGCAUCCUGGGAUGAGUUGACGUCCGGGCUUCACCCGGUCCUGAACCACCGUGACAACAAACUCAUGCGGCUGCGUUACACGAAUGCUCCCAGAACCUAUUCCGACCUCGAUUUCUACCCGGAUGGUCGCACCGUCCGCAUCAAGGGCCCGGGAUGCAGCAAGUGCGAUGGCGGGAUCAAAGGCAGGGCCCUGGUCAGUGAGCUAUUCCUGAUGACCCCGAACGUGUCUCAGGCGAUCGCCAGCAAGCAGUCGUUCGCGACAGUGCACCAGAUCGCAGUCGAAAGUGGCUUCAAGGAUCUAUGGCAGCACGCGAUGUUCCUGAUCCGCACGGGUGUCAUUAGUUUCGACGACGCCGUCGGUGACAUUGGUGAAAGGGACGUGCUGUCGCCAUCGGAAAAGAAGGGUAUGGGGAGCAACCAGACGCCUCAGGAUCGGCCGUCAUUGUCUGUCGUAGGCCAGUCAAGAAUUUAG